UGACACCUCCUCACGUGGGUGUUUCCUCGGGAGCGCGCACGCGGCCAAAGAGACUUCCGUGACGUCGCUCGCGAGCUGCCCAAAAGCGAGAGAGAGCGCGAGAGCAGGAGGGGGAUUUCCAGCUCGAGCCCCCACCUCUCCUCCUCUGAGGCUGCCUUGUUUUGCUUUCGCUCUGGACACAGAAACAGAAAAGAAACCCACGGCCACACUUUCCUUUUUCCACUGAAAACCUCCACUGAGUGAAGUUGUCCCGCUCGGGCUCCGGUUGUUGCGAGGCAGCGGGACUGAGAGGCUGCAGGCCGUCCACACCGAACAGGAAACAAUGCCAGUAGAGCGAAUGAGGAUGCGUCCGUGGUUGGAGGAACAGAUCGACUCCUGUCAGAUACCAGGCCUGAAAUGGGUUAACAAAGAGAAGAGAAUCUUCCAGAUCCCCUGGAUGCACGCUGCUCGACACGGCUGGGACCUGCAGAAAGAUGCUCCGCUCUUCAUGAGAUGGGCCAUACACACAGGCAAAUACCAGGCAGGCGUGGACCGUCCUGAUCCAAAGACAUGGAAGGCUAACUUCCGCUGUGCCAUGAACAGUUUACCAGACAUCGAGGAGGUGAAAGAUAAAAGCAUCAAAAAGGGAACGAACGCCUUCAGAGUCUACAAGAUGCUCUCCUCCUCGGAGAGGAGCAUGAAGAAAGCAAAGAAGAAGACAGACAAGGAGGGACGACCCAAGGGAAACAAAGAGGGCGCUUCUCCAGCUUCAGACAUGACUGAUCCUGAUGGACCCAUUGACUACACCAAACAGGAAAUGAUCAAACAAGAAGGGAUCAAGCAGGAAACACUGGAGUUCACAGUGACAGACAGUGCCUCAGCCAUUCACAGCUCAGUAGAAGACAACGUGAUCACGAGCGAGCAGCUGCCGUUCGUCUGCCAGACGAUCGAAGUGACCACUGAGAACGAAGAACAGACCGUCAGCUCCUCCCACUCGUACCCGCUCCAGAUAUCUCCCGUGUCUUCGUGCUGCGGCAGCGACACUGAUAGCGACACAGAAGAAAACAAAGAGGGUGUCGGUGCAGUCUGGAGGCGGGACUACAACUCAGUUCUCAGGAUCCCCAUGUGUUCUCUCCCCGGGAUGGCCACCUUCGUCAACGCGGGCAAACCCAACUUCAGGGUGACGAGCACGCGCGACCCGACCCCCCUCAUCAGCUACCACACCGACGGCUGGACGCCGACCUACGGCCAGAACUCUCUCGCUGCCGCCGCAAGCAGCCACGCCCACGAGAAGCGCGCAAGUGUCAUUGUGAAAACCUCCGAUUUGACUUCCUCCUGACCUCCGACCCCAGACGAGGGCGUGUCGUCACUGCUUCCAGUAGGAAUAGGAAUGGCAGAUAGUUUGUGUUCUCCAUCGGGGCUGCGUGGAGCCUAAACAGGGCGAGCCUUUGGUUUUUUUGUAGCUUCUGUUCGGUCGAUGAAUUCACUUUCUCUUAACUGGAGGAACUGCUGACAGAUGUCGGCUAAAUUCUUGCCUUACAUGCACGAACACAAGAUCAUCUGUGUUUGUUGCAUUACCUGCAUAGGACACACUGUAGAGGGGAACCAAGGCUAAUGCUAAUGCUAAAUUGGUUCAGAGUAAAGUGCAACUGAUGGCCAGAGUCAAGUAAUACACAUACGUAUACAAUCAUGGGAAAAAUAUUGGACCUUUA